AUGCUCCAUUACCGUACACAAGGCUUCAAUGGAAGUGCGGUUAAAUAUUCUCCUUUCUUCGACAAUCGCCUGGCCGUCGCAAGCGCGGCCAAUUUCGGGCUUGUAGGAAAUGGCAGGCUGUAUGUUCUGGAGCUGACUCCGAACGGAAUUGUGCCUGUCAAAUGGUUCACUACCCAGGAUUCUCUGUACGACCUUGCCUGGUCUGAAAUUCACGAAAACCAAGUCUUGACCGCGUCGGGCGAUGGCAGCAUCAAGCUCUAUGAUACGACAGCUGAUGAUUUUCCAAUCAUGAAUUGGAAGGAACAUAACCGGGAAGUGUUCAGUGUGAACUGGAACCUGGUGUCAAAAGACCGAUUCUGUUCUAGUAGCUGGGAUGGUACAGUACGGGUCUGGACGCCUCAUCGACAACAGUCUCUCCUCACACUACCAACACAUAGCUGUACCUAUUCCGUGUCAUUUUGCCCUCAUAACCCGGAACUCAUUUCAUGUGUCACAUCAGACUCAUAUAUUCGGCUUUUCGAUCUGAGGACGCCAGCUUCGGCGUCUAAUCACCUUGUUGCUCAAAUACCCAACCACGGCGCGUCAAUGCCACCAUCAAUUCCUAGUCAGCCAGGUCUUCCUCCAACUCUCGCUCAACCCGCUGAGAUCCUGACCCAUGACUGGAAUAAAUACCGACCCACGGUCCUUGCGACGGCGGGUGUGGACCGAACAAUUCGCACAUUUGACAUUCGCGCGCCUCAACAAGGACCCUUGUCGAUCAUGCUUGGUCACGAUUACGCCGUGAAAAAGGUCGCUUGGUCGCCACAUCUUUCGAGUGUUCUUCUAUCGGCCAGUUACGAUAUGACCUGUCGUGUCUGGGAUGAUCGAUCCGAGGCCACUGCUGCUGCGGAUGCUGAUUCUAUGCGAUCAGGGCCAGCUUCCCCAGUUGUCGGGUCGGAGCUUGGAAGAAUGGGCCGACACACAGAGUUUGUAACUGGUGUGGAUUGGUGCAUGUUUGGAAAUGAAGGCUGGUGUGCUAGCGUUGGCUGGGACGAAAGUUUGUAUGUCUGGGACGUCAGAGCGAUCAUGUCAUAA